ACUUUAAGCCUGUCCUUCAACGGGAGAAAAGGCAGUGGCAUUACAAAAGUAAAGCAUUUAUUUUAAAAAGGCCAUAUACAGUACAGGAAAUCUUCAGUCAUCGAGUAGAGGUCAAUAACGGGGAAUCUCUUCUUAACAGGAAACAUUUUGAUGAUCGGAUAAUUUGUUGUCAUGGCUGAGAUAAAGAUUCGUCGCUACCAUGAAGAUGAUGAUGAGGAUGUAAAGGAGAUUUUCACCCUGGGUAUGAGCGAGCAUAUCCCAUCGUCCUGCAUGCACGUCCUCAAACAGCCCCUUGCUCAGAUGUUUCUGGGAUGUGUUUUUUUAGCUUUACUGACCAGCUCAAUGUCCAUUAUUCUGCCAGUGUUAGCAGUCACUCUCCUUUUGGCUGCAGGCAGGCAGAGCGUGAGCUACAUGUUCACCAAGUACAUUAAGACCUCACUUGAUCAAGAUCUCAACCACAUACAACAGAUCUACCUGGAGCAACCCAACGCCUGUUUCUGGGUGGCUGAAGUCCAAGGUCGUGUUGUGGGUACAGUUGCAUGUUUACCUGCAGAGAACGCAGCGAACUACCUGGAACUGAAGAGAUUGUCAGUGAGGAAGUCUCACCGGGGGCAGGGGAUUGCCAAAGCACUGUGUCAUAUAGUUGCAGAGUUUGCUCGUGAACGUGGUUGUGGAGGAGUGUUGCUUCACACUUCGGUGGUGCAAACAGAUGCACAGAAGCUCUAUGAGCAGAUUGGCUACAAGAAAGUCAGAGAAUUUGAUGUUCCAGAGUUUUUUGCCAAGCUGACAAAUUUUACAUUACUUGAGUACCGGCUUGUCCUGAAACGACACAUUUUCUGAGGUGAAGGCUACACCAAGAUCACCAUUUUCCAACGAUGCAGCCAGUUGUUUUUAAGUAUUUAAGUAUUUAAGUAAAUAUUUCUCUACCUGUCUGAAUUAUAAGUCUUGGAAAAACGUAAUAUUCAAUCCUAAAUGAGUUUUAAAUUAUUUUGUCCAGGUUGAUUGGCUUUAACUGCCAUGAGUAAAAUAAGUCAAGGUAUCACAGUCUUGUUUAAGCACUGCUGAUGUACUUGAAGUGUAUUUAUAACAUAACAUAAUAUUUAGUCUGUAUUGCUCUAGAAUUAAUUUAAAUUAAUUAGCACAACAAUAGGGGAGUUUACUGUAAAGUUUGGUAGUUGAGAGACAUGUUUGUAUUGAAAAUAUUAGAUGGUAUUUAAUUGGAACUGUAUUUUGAUUCAGUAUCAUGUUUUCCCCUAAUGUAAAAUUUUAACUGUUUUAUGGUGUAAAAGGAACUUUACUGGACAAUUAUGCCUGGCUUAACAAAAGCUUAUAUAAGAAACAAGUCACUUCUGUUUCUUCAGUAUAUCUACUGUUCACUAGUCUCAGCUGUAUUCUUAUCAUGCUUAUUUACAAAAUAAUGGUCUGAUUCCUUCAAUUCUACAUAGAUUUCUUUGAAUUCAUGGUUUCUUUUACUUUAUAGAGAAGAUUGAAAAUUGUGAUUGUAACAUUGAAUGGAACUUUAGUAUGCAAUGCAACAUGCAGUUAAAGUGAUUAGUUCUGAGAAAAAUGUGAUUGUCAAUAAAUAAACCAAUAAACACUUUUCUACAUAAAAUGUAUUUUGA